UUUCAUCCUACACACCGGCAUCACUAUUUUGGCCACGCCCAAAAAAUCGCUGAUUGUCUCCGCCUCCCUCAACCCAUGAAAGGUGUUCUGCGCGGCUAGUGAUGUCACGGGAAGUAGUCUGGCGCCCGAUUCCGAGUUGGUGGGAAGUCUGUUGAUGCUGGGGAGGCUUCGCGCGCUCGGGUAAAGAUACGAGUUUCUGCUUUGGUGAGACAUUAUAAAAGAUGGUCGUUGGGUUCUCUGUGAAAGCGGGCGUCAUGAAGACGAGCACUUUCCUUCUGAAAAGAGGAAGGGCGAGACGAGCCCUGUCCCUCCUCGGCGUCAACAAUGUCAAGCUGAACAUUCGUCUGGCCGAAACCCUUCUGACAAUUUCAUCUGAAGAAUUCGCCAAGAAAUGGAACUUCGACCCCGUGCAAGGCGUUCCAUUGCCAGAAGGACGUUUUCAGUGGACGCCUGUGGCGUCUAGCACGACAGACUCUGCCGCAGACGACAAAGCGUUCGAAAAGAUCCCCUCCAGAACUUCCGAUGACCAGACACGACCUUGGACGAACUCGAUGGAGCAGCCUCAACCUGCUCCAGGUGUCACACAACCUGCCUCCGAUGAAACCAAAGUUGACUGUGCAAUAAGUGUGGAAUCCUCAAGACAUACCUCUUGUGGGGCCUGUGCAUUAGCGCCGUGCAAUAAUUCCCCUGGAAGAUGCAGUGCAACUCCUCCGAGAGAGGGCAACGACGGUGACGCCGAGGAAGGACCUCGUGUCCUCGCUCAAGCGAUCAAGGACACUAAACUGAAGCAAACUUGCAUUACAGAUUUCAUGAGAACUCGCAAGCGCCGCUCCUCGCCACUCGACCUGAAGCUUCAAAAGCCCCUGAAGAAACAGCUCCUACAAAUAAGAGCGUAAGCGAGGUCCCUGGGGGUUCUUUCUCUGUAAGCGAUGAGACCGAGAGCAAGCGACCGCGCCCUCGUCUGCCUUGGACGUAUAGCUGUAAUUACGGAAACCAGAAGAAGGGGGCACUCCUACUAGUCUUGCUUGCUAUUUCUCAGGACGCUAUUUUCUAGCGCAUUCUUUUUUAUUUCUUCAGCGGGAUUUCGUCCCAUUUUGUUUGUGUGUCAAAGAAUGUAUAAUUUUUUAAUUCUGUUUUCUUGCCUCUUAUUUAUUCUUGUGAAAUAAUGCAGCGUAGGUUAUGGAAUCCCAUAUUACUUAUGUACUGAGUCUAAAUGACAGCGAAUCAUUUCAGGAGGUUCUUUACGGGCAUUUAUUACUUAUCAUUGACUUUUAAGUACAUUUCUUUUGUUUACACACACAUAUACUAUAUAUACGUAUAUAUCAUGCGUGUGUACGUGUCUGCGGUAAUUGCUACGGAUGUAUGGAAUGGUUAAUAGUUGUAUGAUUUGUGCAUUACAGUCCAUAUGAAUAUUGAAGAAGAAUAACCAGUGCACCAAGAUUCAGAGAACUAUAAAGAUUUCGGUGUCAGUGAAUAAUUAUUACAGUGUUUGUUUGAAAAUAUGCAAAAGUAUACAUUCGGUAUGUGUCUACAGAUGUAUAUGAUGUAAUGUGACAGCUGUGAGGGCGAGUGCUAUAUACAUAUGUGUGUGUGUAAUAUAUGUAUAUAGUGAUAUAUACAUACAAAUUCACCAUUUCUGAACUCUGUUGUAUAUCUGAAUGAUUUUUGUACUCUGAACAACCAGAUCUGAUUUCUUGUCGCCAAGAAUAAACUAGUCAUUACUACCAUUCUCAGCAAAGAUGUGACCUGUCUGGCUAUUUUUGUUCUUUCACAUUAUUUUUAUUGUAUCUGAUGUAUUUC